CGGGGGUCGCCGGGUGGCAGCGGCGCCGAGGGGCUGAGGCGGCCGGGGGUUGCGCCAUGGCUGCGUGUGGUUGCGGACCCUGAGCGCCGGUGGCGGGCGCGCACCAUGAACUCGUGGGACGCGGGCCUGGCAGGGCUGCUAGUGGGCACGAUGGGCGUCUCGCUGCUGUCCAACGCGCUGGUGCUGCUCUGCUUGCUGCACAGCGCUGACAUCCGCCGCCAAGCGCCGGCGCUCUUCACCCUCAACCUCACGUGCGGCAACCUGCUGUGCACCGUGCUCAACAUGCCUCUCACCCUGGCCGGCGUCGUGGCGCAGCGGCAGCCAGCCGGUGACCGCCUGUGCCGCCUGGCCGCCUUCCUCGACACCUUUCUGGCUGCCAACUCUAUGCUCAGCAUGGCCGCGCUCAGCAUCGACCGCUGGGUGGCCGUCGUCUUCCCACUGAGCUACCGCACCAAGAUGCGCCUCCGCGACGCCGCACUCAUGGUGGCUUACACGUGGCUGCACGCGCUUACCUUCCCGGCGGCCGCGCUCGCCCUGUCCUGGCUCGGCUUCCACCAGCUGUAUGCGUCCUGCACGCUGUGCAGCCGGCGGCCUGACGAGCGCCUGCGCUUUGCCGUCUUCACCGGCGCCUUCCACACGCUCAGCUUCCUGCUGUCCUUCGUCGUGCUCUGCUUCACGUACCUCAAGGUGCUCAAGGUGGCCCGCUUCCACUGCAAGCGCAUCGACGUGAUCACGAUGCAGACACUCGUGCUCCUGGUGGACCUCCACCCCAGUGUGCGGGAACGAUGUCUGGAGGAACAGAGGCGGAGGCGGCAGCGCGCCACCAAGAAGAUCAGCACAUUCAUAGGGACCUUCCUCCUGUGCUUUGCCCCCUAUGUGAUCACCAGACUGGUGGAGCUCUUCUCCUCGGCACCCAUUGGCUCCCACUGGGGGGUGCUGUCCAAGUGCUUGGCCUACAGCAAGGCUGCCUCUGACCCUUUUGUGUACUCCCUGCUGCGACAUCAGUACCGAAAAAGCUGCAAAGAGAUUCUGAACAGGAUCCUCCACAGACGCUCCAUCCGCUCCUCAGGCCUCACAGGUGACUCUCACAGCCAGAACAUUCUGCCGGUGUCUGAGUGAAGGACCAUGUUCCUGCUGGAGAGUUUAGAAUGGGAUGGCUGGGGAGAAGUAGGGGCAGGCUAGGGAAUCCUGGAUGGACACCACUCACCACCAUCCCCCAGCAAGCCCAGUGAUUUGGGGCUCUGGGGUAUGUUUCCUGGCUCCUCAAGGGCAGAUGUUGGACUGCCCUUAUUUAUCACCAAAGGAUAGCCAUGGGCUAUGGUCUGGCCUUUCUUUCUGAGAGGCUUCUUUGAGCUCCUAGACUCACCAGUGGCUCCCCUAGAGAUGACAGCACAGUUCCUGCCAAGAAUGCAGUGCUGGUGGCAAGUGGGGAAGAUGGUAUCCACCUGCUUGAACCACUGGACAUGAGGCUCCAUGCUGAAGAAAAGCAAUGGUCUCCAUGGGACACUUUAGUCAUGCUACAGGUGAGACUGAUGGUGGCCAUGUGGCCCCAGAUCCGAUAUAAUGACUCUUUUCCACUUGGUAGGUGUGGUUGGUUUAACCCAAAUAUUAUCUAGCUAGUACUAAUUAAAUUGUGCUCAGCUGAGACCCUGGGGCUCUGCUCCUAAGGGGAAGAUGUUUAACAAUUAGUGGCCAUCUGGUUGCUGCUCACCAGUUGUCCCAGGAAUGGCAAAUUGGAUAUAACCUUUUGCUCUCUUCCCCCCACAAAAAGAGAACUCAUGUUUGUGUGUGUAGACAAUCUUAGCAUGAAAAUGGUUUCAAUAGACAGGGUAAUACACAUAUUAUGUUCUUCACAGUCUGACCAUCGACUCACUUUCUUGUGAUUUACAUGUCAUAAAUGUAAGAGCCAAGUAAAAGCAGGAAGAUGGUGCCUGGUGGAUCUCUCUGUCCCCAUGUGACCUGAAUUGGCAGGAAGAAUUUUACCUUGUCUUAUGCAUCUUGUCCAGCAAGUCUUAUAAAAUGAACAGGCAAGUAAUGAACUGAGCUGGGAUCUAGCCUUGAUUUUCAGGCACUGGGUUCCAUUAUCCUGGUGGCUCAAUAUCCUACUCUCUGUACAUCCAUCUUAUAGAAAGCAAGGCUGCGAAAGGUUAUGAAGAAAGCUCCCUGUGCUAUGGUGAGAUAGUGAAACUUUUAUGGACUAUUAUAAUACACAUAUCAAUCCAUUAGCAACCUACUCUUGAUUCCAUGAAAAAACAAGAUGAGUGGUCCAUGGUUUCUACCCAUCACGUUAUUAUUCACCAUUUUUAAACUGAUUUGUGAAUGCUCAAAGCAAUUAUUUCUCAAUUCUUUAAGUGAUUCCUCUAGGGUGGAAGGAUGGGGAGCCAUAAAAUCAGAUGGCCCAUUCUCUCCUUAUAGCUCUGCUAUCCUUGUUUGGGAGGUAGAGAGAGGAGGACACUAUCUACCAGGGACCAACUAGGAGAGUCUGAUGGUUUUCACUGCCAGGCAGCCCCAGUACCUAAAGGUAGAGAAGUGUCUGCCCAUUUGAGAAGAUAUUAUCUUAUUAACUCUUAGCUCCUCAUUUAGAAAGCAAUUUAGCCAGGCCCAGUGGUAUUAGAUUUCAAAAUUUCCAUGGAGACUAGAACGAAGACAGAUGUAGCAUCUGAGGAGGCUGUGACAUCUUCCCACUGCUGGCAGAGCUAUGUUCACACCUGCUCGCAUCUGGCUCAUUAGAGAAAAAGAACUUGGGCAUUUCAAAGGAUCCCAUUAAGACACUGGCUUGGGUCUCUGAUCAAACUCUCCCUAGCCAAUCCUCUGAGGAGUCAACUGGGCAUGGCUCCUCCCCCUCCUGUGAUCAGGGACAUCACAUCGGUAGCUUUAAAUUAGCCAUGGUGGAAGUUUCUAUACCAUGAAAAUGCUACUAAUCAGGCCCUUCUCCCAGAGAGUUAGUUAAACAUCUCCCAGCACAUCACUGCCAGGCAUGACUUUGUGUGUUACUGAAACAAAAUUGCUCUGGUUCAGAGCUCAUUUGGGCACUUAAGUUCAAAUCACAACAGAUGCUUUUGUUGAUCUUUCCUAGUGACAAGCAGCUGUCUACCACCCAUUAUCCCAACACCAAAAGUGCCACUGGAGGUGAAAUCAACCAGGAACCAACAUGCACAAUUGAAUAUGUGAAUCCUCCCUUUUCACACAAAUACUCCUAAAAUGGGAUAAAAGAAGUCCCCGGUGAAUGAGGACAGCAGACAGUCAAAUGCAAGCUGUAUCAGUUUGGAGGAAUAACUGCAAAUCCCCUCUCUGCUUGGUCUAUAUAAACAACAUAUUGUACUCCUGGUAGCAACUAGAUCCCCUUUACCUCUUCUUUAGCUAAGAAGCAAGAUCUUUUACCCAAUACCACACAUUGUAAAAGAUGCAUUUCAUAAUUUUCACUAUACCUCUAAAACUGCUCAGAACCCAAUAAAACCAGUUAUAUUGGCAUCAUGUAGACAAAACCCUCAGACAAACUGAUAGAUUGCAUAUUUUCAUCAUCAUUUAGACAUAGGAAUUAAAACCUAAGGGGCAGUGAGAAGAAAAUUGCUGCAUUAGAAAACAGUGUUAAUCAACUCUGCUAUAAUUACCUUUCGAUAAAUGUCUAUAUUCAUCUAUAGCAGUCUUUAAAGUUUGCCCCCUGCCUUCAUUAUUCCCAAUUGAAUUAUCUACCUCAUUUGGGGAAUUUAAUCUAUCAAAUGUCAUAUGUUUUUCUCAGGUAUAACACAUAGAAACACCAAGGCUUUUGUCAUCUAAAUUAAAGGGCCUGUAUGUGCUUGUUUGACUUCAGCUAGUGUAAGGGUUAACAGUUAAGGCCCAAAUGGAGGGAAUAACUGGAUAGGGGAAAAAUAUUUAAAGAAACUUGAAAAUAAUACUUGUAGCAGAGGGGAUUUCUGACUUGUAAAUUCACACAGAGGGCUCAGUUCAUUGUUCUUUACUGUUAAUAAUCACUCUGCCACUUUUCUAGCUUUUGCGGGGGAGGGGUUCCAGGGAACCUAGGACCUUGUGCAUGCUGGGCAAAUGCUCCACCACUGAGCUAACCUCCAGCCCUUUUAAAUUUUUAUUUUGAGUCAGAGUCUUACUGAAUUACCCAGGCCAGCCUCAAACUUGCAAUCCUCCUGCCUCAGCCUCCCGAAUAGGUGAGAUUACAGGUAUAUGCACAUCUGACUCCUUAGAUCCUUUCUUGAAGAAGGAAAUUUCAAAGCCUGGGGACCCUAAGAGAACAUGUCAUGGUCCAUGGGUUUGUGGGACUUGUGGCCAGCUCACCUUCCAGGUACCUCCCCAGGAGCUGGCCCACAUUUGCUUACAGGUCAGGCAGAGGAAGAGGGACUUUAUGACACGAGUCAUCUCAUUCCAACUGCAUGUUCUUCCAGGACUCAGCUCAGGCUCCUGUCACCCUGAGCAAUAAAUCUCUCUUGCGUUUGUGAAAUUCUUUUUCGUUUUCAUGUGCCUUUCUUCCUAAGAGAAGACAGAAAGAAUGAGGCCACACACAUGUCCUGACUGUCAUCUUUUACAUGAUUAGAUGUCUUUGCCUGGUGGUGAUGGGACCCCCAGAGAAGCUGAAGGCUGUGCAUUGUUAGAAUGUAACCUGAGUGCAGGAUAAACUAAUCUGCCUGACUUUAGUGAGGAUAUUUUACCAGGUGCCAGAAAUCCCUUGGAUCAGCUUCCAUCAGUGGCUCAGGAGCAACAGGGGAGAGGUCUGGGGCACGAUAUGCUCUCACUGCCUUUCUGAGAGCCUGAUGUAUCUAAACCAAGCCAUUGGUUCUUAAACUUUCCUAUCCCCAAGUGUCACCAAGAGAGGUGGUUUAAAUACAGAAUCUGGCACCAGCUCCUCAGAGAUCAAUUUACGUGGCUGGGAAAGACUUGGGAUUCUGUAUUUCCAACCAUCAGUGCCCAGCUAACUGAUACAAAUGUUCUUCAAACUACCCCCUUAGGAAGAAUGAUCUUGUAUGUCUGGAUGAACUGAAUGGAAAAUUGGGCAUUUUUAAAUAUCUAAGUUUCCAUUGUCUUGUGUCUUUCCCUAACUGUCCAAAUAGUUUCAUCUCCAGCUUUAUUCAAGAGCUGGAUCAUUUUGUUUUCAGAAAGACAGAAAGACUCACUUCAUGAAAUGCUGAAAGCUUGUUUGCAUAAUACCAUGGCACAACAGAGGCUCCAGGGGAUAAGACAUGCUAGGGGUAAGAUGCUGGAAGAUGAUGGCAGAGUUGGGACCACUUGUUAGAGAAAAGGCAUUCAGAGAGUCCCUCUCAGAACACUUACAUGGGCCUUGGAUCAAGCUCUUUCCUCAGACAAGCUGGCCCUGGAAGGAGGUAAUAUCUGUCAUUUAUGCCAUUGACCAGAGCUUGUUACACAGUUGCAGCAUGACCAAAAAGAGAUGUUUCUGGAUGCCAGUCCCUGGGUGUGAGUCUCUUGUGGAUUUCCAACUUUUUCCAUUGUGGUUGUCUCUGCCAGGUCUCCCAGGAACAGCUAGUAGAAAGUUGUGUGAGACCGGCAUGGUUUGUAAGCUUCCCACUUUCCCAGUGGCUCCUGUUGUCUCCCAGAGCCAAGUGGUCUAUUGCCCCUGCAACCCCCCAAUCCAGUACUUAGUCUCUUUCCUGCCUAUGUUCCUGGCCUGGUUAAAGGAAGGUGGUAGAAACCACAAGCUCCUGCCUCUCCUAUUCAGAUGCAUCCAGGAAGUCCAAGCCUCCUCGUGCCUCCUUCCUUAAGGACUAGAGAAGCAAAAGGACACUUUUGGGGGUCAACUACCUGGGAGGGGAGAAUUAUAGGUUCCAAAGAAUGGAUUGGUCCAACUUCCCAGGGAAUCUUCACGGGAAUAGGGAACAGCUCAGAUGUAUAUGGUUUUAUUUGGCCUGAUUACACAUCCCUGUGUAGAGGCUGUGACCUGCUGCUGGUGGAGAGAACCGAGUUCUGGCAUGGCAAGCAGAGAAGCAAGACCCAGAGCUAUGCACAUCCUCCCCCCUCACUCCUUAGUUCUGUGGGUGCUGUGCCAGGCCUAGGGGGAGAAGAGCAAUGACUAUAUGGUUGGGGGACGGGCUACAUAUCCUGGGGUGUGUGGUCAGGGCUACAGAACUUGACUGACGGGGGGAGGAGGGUUUUGGAAGGCUUCCCAGAGGCAGUGAGGUUUGGGCUGGACUAACAGGAGGGAGCAACACGUGGCAGGGCACAGAGAGGUGACCCUGCCCAGUGAGGGGUUCAGUGAGGUGGCAGCUUGGUGUGCAUCCUGUAGUGGAGUCCAGGGAGUGGUGUGGAGGCUCCACAACCAGGACAGAGCCCACAGCAUCUGUCACCAGCAGGAGAAGAUGGAAGUCUUGAAGUUGGGACUGUCAAAAUUAGAAAGAGGAGCUAUGGAAUAGGUCUAUAUUUAUUUAGCUACCCCAAAAGAGGAGGAAGAAGGAAGGAAAAAAGGAAGGAAGGAAGGAAGAAGAGAGGGGCAAAAGGGAUUGCAUUCAUUUUGAGGGACACUGACAUUCAUCCUUAAAAGCAUGAUUUAUGCAUAAGAAACCAACCAUGUCCAUCCAGGGCAUAUCCCCUGGCAGCAUUCUGAGUGGGGGCUAAAUAUAGGCCUUUGGUAGGGGAGUAUUACGUAUUUAGUACCAUGGGGGAGCUGAAGGAGCACUGCCGCCUACCACUCUGGACCAAUGGAAGAGGUCACACCGCAGAGACAAGCAUGUUGCAAAAGUCCCCAUGCUACUUCGCAGUUCAGCACCCAUACCUCUUGUAGGUGGUGCACAGCUCACUAGUACAAUGUGUCAUGUAAAUAUGUACCUAGCAUUUAAAGGUCAAAUACAAAUCUAAUUACUCUUAGCAGUGCUCUAGUUUAUCGUGUACACCCAUACUUAAGGACUUUCAAACUAAAUUAGGUUUUUGACUUGAAAGUUUGUGUGUGCCCUAUGGGCAUGCAUGUACUCUUAGGAACACCAAUGUGUGGUAUUUCCUGUGUCCUCUCACACACACCCAAUGACUGUGUAAUUGGUGUUAUACUUAUUCCCUGGCACAGAAAUUGUGCAUGAGCUUAAUAAAACUCAGAGCCAGUGAUUUGAUGGUCUCAAAGAGCCUAAAAUAAAAUCUGUAUUUGAAGACAGGAAGUCUGUUGUGAAUUGUGAGGUUCAGAGUAUCAACAUCAGGGCCCAGAUCUCAGUCACACCUCUUUCCAUCCUAAGGGAAUGGGUUUGGGAUAGGGGAGCAUCAAAUGUCAUCCCAAGGAUGCUUGACUGAAAGACUAUGAUGUUUAGUUUCAAGAGGACCAGAUCGUAGUGAUUGCUUAGGCAUAGCUAAAAUAUCCAACAUCCAGCCCCUUUUUUAAAGGCUCUGUCUACCAUUGGUUACAAAAUCUUUGCUUUAAUUAAGAAUAACCAAUUCCUCCCUCUCCGCUCAAACUUCAAAUGCCAAGUUUCCUUGCAAAUGGAAAUCAUUCCAAACCUCAAGAAUCCAGUUUUACAAUAAAUGUGUAAAUACAGCCUCUUCUGGAGUGCAGGGAUAUUUAUAGGGACUGGUAUCUUACUAACCCUAUCAGGAUCUCCCCAGGGAAAACCUGGAUUGCUCUAAGCCACAGACAGCUGUGGAAGUCCAGUGACAAAUCAAAAAGGUGCUUUGCCUUACCCUCAUUACCACCUGGCAUGGUUUUUCUAGGCAUUGGAAUAGCCCAGUCUUCAUUUUCUUAGGCUCAUCUGGGAGAAGGACUCUUAAUCCUUCCAUCUGGAUAUGCAUUCUCAUUCUGAUGAGGAAGCUCCUGGCAGAAGGUAAAUCUCUCCCUCUGCCAUGGCCAAUGGAUGACAGCAGACAAGAUCAGCUGUGAAUUUUCUCCACUGGAGGAAAUUGGGAGGCUCUGCUCUGUCCAGUGUCCAAUGCAAGAACCAUCACUUCCUGUAAAUGAAAGGAGAAUUGCUUAAAUGCUACCCUUAGAGCUCCUGGCAUCUCCAAGUCCUGAGAGCAUCUAAGUCCAAUGCUUUGCAGACCUUGUGUUUUCAUAAACUUAUUUUUUGGUGGCUGUAGAAAGUGAGGUAGGAGGACACACAUCAUUUGUUGCUUGGCGUAUCCAAACUGCCCAGUAGACAACAAAAGGGAGUCCACAUUAAGAAAAUCUAAUGUGUGUGCCAGCUAGUUUAGUAUUCCACAGGAAAUGUACUCUGCACAUUCCAAGAAUACUUUUGGAAACCAGGAUUUAGAAAAUUUUUAAAAAUUCACUCCUGGGGACAGAGUGAUCUGCAAAUGAUUGGCUUCUGCACAGUGUUGUGAUUCCUUAAUAUCAGAUUCAUGGAAAGAUGGGUGGGACAUCUGUGUGUUUGUGUUGGAGCAAAUGCACCCAUAAAUGUGCACGCCCAUAAACCUGUGUGCCCAUAACUCUAUGUGCCCAUGAGUGUACACAUAUGGAUGAAUGUUCAUAAACACAAACAGCUGCACACUGAGUAUGAAACAAAUGAAGCAAAAGUUUAGCACCUUCUUAUCAUUUCUUGACAUUAUAGCUUUAACCUAACUUUCUUCUAAUUUAUGAAACAGGAGUGAGGCUCCACUUAUUUUUUUUAAAUGUUACCAGAAGGGGCCGGGGAUUUAGUUCAGUGGUUCUGCUGCCUGCCUCGCAAUCCCAAGGUCCUGAGUUUGAUCCCCAGUACCAAAAAAAAAAAAAAAAUGUUACCAGAUGCUCUUCCGAUGUGGGAAUAUGCACCAUUCAUGUGAUAUACUUGCCAACAGCUGUUUUCUUUUGAAGUAGGACUCAAGAUUUUUGAAUCCAAGGCCAGUGCUGCCUGCUCUGUUUACAAUGGCUUGUGCUUUGUGAAUACAUAUCAAAUGUUGUAAUAUAUUUUUAUGAUAGAAUUGCUGGUGAAUUCAGGGGGAAAAUAUAUAUUGUGAUCCUGUCCAAUAAAGACUCCUGUUAUAAAAUACCCACCCUUUGCUGAUCUGGUAUGAACACAUUUUUAUUUAUAGGUUAAUUAAUAGAAAUGUUGGCUUUCCAUAAUUUCACGGUGCCACCAAAGUUUAUAUUUCAUUUCUCUUCUACCUUUCUGUAUCGUACCCUUCUUGGUCUCCCACAUCCACUGCCCCAGGUGCUGCUAGCCUCACACAGCCUUCUGUGCAGUAGAUAUUCACACUAUGGAACCAGCUCUUAAUUUUCCCAAAUCUAGAGCAUCCACCCCCACCCCAAAACACACCUGCCCAGAGAGAGGCAUAUCCCCCAACCUCUUCAACUAUAAAGU